AUGGAGGAAAAUGAUUCUACAAACCUAGAUCUGGAGUUUAAGAGGUAUUUGCAACUGUUACGGCCUUAUUUAGGACAGUUGGUCGACCAAAACGUGAUUAAAAUCUGCGACAAUUGGAUACAAAGGCUUUCAGAUUGUAAGGAAAAUGAAAAACCUUUGCGGAAUAAGUACGUUUUUGUCCUUUGUUACCAACUUGCUAGGGGGGUACUAGAUUUGCCAUUCUUGAACCAACCUCCAAAGGAUUUGCUACCUCUAUCUGACGAUCUCAUCAGCGAAGAAUCCUCGACUGAAGUAGAGUAUAUGGUCAUCAAUUCGGACGAACCACGAACCAAAGUCAUAUUCGACAGCAAAAAAUUAAACAUCUCGGAAACAGAUUGCUAUUCACAAGACUUGGAUAAAGUUACGGAAAGCUUGACAAGUAGCGAAUUACCUAUAACAAUUAUAAAAGACCAGUUUCCAACUCAUAAACAAAAUGUUUUUUGUUAUACCUGUCCAGAGAUAUUACAGACUUAUACAGAAACUGAGGAAGGCUAUGAAUAUAGGGCUAAUAAUCUUGUGAAAAAAUUGAGAGAGAUUAAGAUGCAAAACUUGCUGCUUCAAAAGGAGCUAGUAGCUUUGAAAGAAGAUGCUAAAAACCAAAAACAGGAAGAUUACAUUUAUGAGUGUAUAACAAAGGUUGAUAAUGCUACAAGCGCGUUCAUUCGAAAUAAUGAAAGCAACAUCACUCUAAACUCUUUAAAAUGCCAACUUCAAGAGAUGCAAGAUAAUCGCAAUUCUUUGAUACAGAGAUUAAAUAACUUACAGGAUCAGUUAGAUCACGCAAAUGAGAUAAAGAAAAAUGAAAUAGAUGAAACCGAAGCAAAGUAUAAACUAGAGUUAAUCAAGGUCCGAACAGCAGCGAGAGAGGAAACUAAAGAAUUUUACGAGAAGAAAAUAGAAGAGUUACGCGAAACCUAUGAGGAUACUAUAAACAAAAUACAGGACACCGCUACGAUGAAAGUUAAAGAUAUAAAUAAAUGUAAAGAUGAUUUGAUCGAAGAGAAGGACAAGCUCUUAGAAGCUAAAGACGCAGAAAUAACGCGUUUAAAGUCUCAGGUAGAAGAGCAGAAGAAUAAUUUUCAUUCAAUGCUCAACAAAUUCAUGGAAAGAUCUGGCGACGAUAUGUCAGGUGAUACAAUAAGGUUUAAAGCUCAGCAAUUAGAAAAACGGCUUAACAAAGUGGAGAAAUCUAAAGCAAAAUGUACCAAAAUCUAUGAAGCUAAGCUAGCGCAGCUACAGAGAGAGAAACAUUUAGCUGAAUGUUCAUUGCAGCUGCAGUUAGUAAGACAGAGGGCUCAGGUUGUGAAUGAAUUGACUGAUGAAAACCAAGCUGAAUUGAACACCUCUCUGGACAAACUCGAGACCAAGUAUAAAGAGAUAGUUGCUAACGUUCAAGCAACGGCGAUACAGAGGAGGAUGCAGGAUCAGCUCGCACUGGAGUCCAUAUUCCAAGCAGCGAGCGGCAUCCACGAUCAGGUUCCUGCACAAUUUAACCCCAUCCCAAAAGCAUCACGCAACCAAAACCAAAGUUACAACAGUGAACUUUCAACUCUAAUGCGCGGUAAUAAAGUUGGAAAUGUACUUGUUGGGGGUAACAAUAACAAGUCUUUUGGUGAGGAAAGUAUGGUGGGUGGAUUUUGUCUCAAUGGUGAAAGAAUGGGGGAACUAUUCGAAAGGGUUUACAUUCCUCAGAGGGACAACGGGGAGGCUAAGUGA